AUGGAGAAACUCAAGGACGCCAUAGGCCACAUCUCCUCCUCCCUCGACGACACCGCCCGGAAGAGCGAAGAAUACCAGCUCCUCCGCGCGCACCCCGACGGCGAGCCCUCCUCGCCCUCCUCGCCCACCCCAUCAACAUCAACAUCAAUAUCUCCGCCAAUACCCGCCCGCCACGCGCACGCAGACCGCCCGCCAAUAUCGUGCGCGUCCCCAGGGGCAUUCGCGAGGAGCGCAAGGGCGCGCUUCGCGAGCCUGUGGACGCCCACGUUCACGUUCUCGCUGCUCGCGGGGCAGGCCCUGAGCGUGUCGAUCACGGGCGCGUCUGUGCUCACGGCGCUGCUCGUGAAGCGGCAGUGGGUGCUGCCUGCGACGCAGGCGUUUUUUCCGUAUGUGGGGUUGAUGUUCGUGUUUACGCCGUAUACGAUGUAUAAAUACGGCCUGCGGGGAUGGUACAAGAUGGUCCUAAAGGACGGGUGGAAAUACUUCCUCCUCGCCUUAGGCGACGUCGAAGGCAACUUCCUCGCGAUCAAAGCAUACGACUACACCGACCUCCUCUCCGCGAUGCUCCUCGACGCAUGGGCGAUCCCCGUGUGCCUCUUCUCGUGCUAUCUCUUCAUGCACACGCGAUAUCACUGGACGCAGAUCAUCGGCGUCGUAGUGAGCAUCCUCGGCCUCUGCAUGCUCGUCGCGUCCGACUUCCUCGCGGGCAACGAACAAGAAGCGGGCGUCGUCGCGGACCGCGCCAAGGGCGACCUCCUCAUGCUCUGCGGCGCGACGCUCUUCGGAAUCGUGAACGCAACGACGGAGCUGUUCGUUCGGAAUACGCCCAUGUACGAGGUCGUCGGCCAGGUCGGCUUCUGGGGCACCAUCGUCUGCGGGAUACAAGCCUACGUCCUCGAGCACGAGCAGGCGAGCCGCACGCGAUGGAAGGACGGCACGGGCUGGCUUCUGCUGUUAUACGUUAUCGCCAUGGACAUCGUUUAUGCGCUCGCACCCGUUCUCUUCCGCACCGCGUCCUCGUCGUUCUUUAACAUUUCGCUUUUGACAAGCGACUUUUACGGGCUCCUGUUCGGUGCGCUUCACUACUCGCCGUACUGGCUCUACUUCCUCGCAUUCCCCGUCGUCAUAUCCGGUCUCGUGCUUUACUUCUGGCACGCCGAACCGGAAGACGAGGGCGAGACGCACGUCCGCGCGCCGAAGUACUUGGACUCCGAGGCUGGGCUUGCGGAGGAGGAGGGCUACGCGCAUGAGCCAUAG